GAUUUUAUAAUUGUGCUAACUCCCACAUUUCUCCCAGCCCAACCUGGUGAACAAUCCGGCUGAACUUUCAGCCUGAUCGCAUCGCCCAUAAGGCAUAAGGCUGCCAACUCUCCUUCUCGGGGCAUGUCCGAAGUUCAAUCAGACAAUCCGGAGAACGAAACGUCUGGGAACUGGAGAUUUGCCUCACACCAGAUCCCAUAUGGUAACUGUACUUCGAGCCGAUGCACGGCCAUACGUAAUAUGAACGCAUAUUCGUAUUCUGGUUUCUUAUUCGGAGGCUCAAAACCCCAUAUUCCCCGCAUUUGGUCAGGCCCCGGAUGCUACCGGGACACAUGGGUGUUUUCUGGGGUUGUCAUUAUGUACAGGUUUCUUGGCUGCGUGCUUGUCUUCAUGUGAGAUCUCUGGGCGCUCUGGGCAUGUCUGGGCAUUCGGGAUGGCCGAUU